ACCGACCCGAGAGGAUUCAUCCCCACGUUCCCCAGCAGCCCUCUGCCAGCCUUCGGCCCUGCCACCGCCACCAGAAUGGCUGAGCCAACCACAGCCCACACCGAGACCCACACCCUGCCGAGUGAGUAUGUGGACUACCACAACUGGUCAGAGCUCUUCCACCUCCUGAACUACACCUACACCUUCUGCGAGUUUGGCCUGGAUGAGAAUGUCAAGAGGGUGAUCCUCUUCAUCCUCUACCUGAUCAUCUUCGUGGUGGGCUUGGUGGAGAACCUCCUCGUCGUCUGGGUCAACUGGCAGACGAGGGGCAACAAGAGCUUGGUCAACCUCUACAUCAUCAACAUGGCCGUGGCUGACCUGGGGGUGCUGCUCUCGCUGCCCAUCUGGAUGCUGGAGGUGAUGCUGGACUACACCUGGCUGUGGGGCAGCUUCCUCUGCCGCUUCACCCACUACUUCUACUUUGCCAACAUGUAUGCCAGCAUCUUCUUCCUCACCUGCCUGAGCGUGGAUCGCUACGUGACCCUCACCAGCUCCUCCCUCUUCUGGCGCCGGCACCAGCACCGCGCGCGCCGCAUCGUCUGCGCCUGCAGCUGGCUCCUGGCCGCAGCCAUCCCCUUCCUGGAGGUCACUCACAUGCAGUUGGUCACCACAGGGGAACCCAUCUGCAUCUUCAUGGCCCCCUUUGAGACCUACGACGAGUGGGCGCUGGCGGUCAGCUUGGCCACCACCACCAUUGGCUUCCUCAUCCCCUUCCCCAUCAUCGCCACCUUCAACGUGCUGACGGCCAGGUUCAUCCGGCGCAGCAAGCCGGAGAGCAGGAGGCACUGCCUGCUCAUCUACAGCUACAUCGGGGUCUUCCUGCUCAGCUGGCUGCCCUUCCACGUCAUGCUGACGCUGCUCACCCUGGACGGCAGCCACAUCGUCCUGCACUGCGCCUUCGCCCACUUCCUCUACUUCUUCUACGACGUCAUCGACUGCUUCACCCUGCUGCACUGCGUCAUCAACCCCAUCCUCUACAACUUCCUCAGCAGCAGCUUCCGCAGCAGGCUCAUCUCUGCCGUCGUCAGGUACAUCCCCAAGGACCAGGGCACCCAGAAGGCUGCAGGCAACUCCUCCUCCAGCACGCAGCACUCCAUAGUCAUCACAAAGGACAACGGUGACCCUCCCAACUAAGCGGAUCCAUCUCUGGAGAUGCUCAAGAUCAGACUUGCUGUGGCCCUGGGCAGCCUGCUUGAGCUGGAGGUGUUCCCUUGCUGCCUGCAGGGCUCUGGACAAGAUGACCUUGGAGGGUCCCUCCCAGCCCAGUGCAAUCUCUGUGAAUGGUUUGGGUUGGAAAACCCUCUGAGGUCAUCCAGCCCAACCUUCACCCCAACACCACCAUGGCCACCAAACCACAGCCCCAAGUGCCAUGGCCACAAUUUUCCUGAACACCUCCAGGCAUGGGUGGAGAUGGGGCUGAGGCCAGCCUUGAAGUGGGGAGGGGAUUCCCGUGGGCAUCUGUGCCCCACCAGCAGCACAGCCUGGGGGAGGGGGAGGUCAGGUUUACAACAUAUACAAAACUUUACAGCCAACAGUAAAUACCUAAAGAGCAGGAGCUGAGUACCUACAGCUACUUCACAACUCAGCUCUGGCUCCAGCUCCUUCUCACAUCACUCCAACACGAGGCUUGGAUCCUUUGAACUCGAGGGGGAGUACAAAACCCUCACCCUGAUGGGUUGGAGAUGAGGCUGAGACCAGCCUUGAAGUGGGGAGGGGGUAUCCUGGGGGCAUCUGUGCACCGCCAGCAGCACAGCUCAUGGGCAGCCUUUCCCCUCCUGUACACCCCCCCAGGAGCCCAAAGCAUUCAGCAAAGAGGACUGGCAGGGCCCAGCUGCCCCAGGUGAGGUAGAAUCAUGGAGUUGGUUUGGUUGGAAAAGCUCUCCA